AUGCUGUCCGUGCGCGCCUCUGCAGGCGACGUCCCGGUCAGCGCAGACACCCUGGGAUCCAGCGCGGGCCUCGUGCGCAACCUGGCGUUCGGCUCCUUCUGGGUGCAGCUGCCGCUGUCUGUGGUGUCAUCCGCAAUCCUCUUCUUCGCGACCCAAUUGUCUGGGCCCUCAGACGUCUCCCGCUGGUUCACCUUUGCGGGCAUCGUCUUCGGCUUCCUCUCCACCUUCUUCGCCCACGGCUUCCUGACGCUGGCGCGCCAGGCCAUCAGCGAGGGCAAGGAGGUCAAGCGCAGCUUCCUGGUUUCAAACCUGGUCCGCAACAUCAACAUCAACCUGGCUGGCGUUGGCGUUGUCUUGAUCGGCCUGCAGGCCUCUGUGGGCACCCUGGUAUCCAAGACGAUGCUGGGAGCCGCCAACGCGCCCUACGCAGCCCCCCAGCCCGGCGGCACCCUCAUGUCGCUGGACGUGUUCUCGCUGCAGGCCUCCACCAACGUGCUGCUGGCGCACUUUGUGUCAAUCGUCUUCGCCAACUUGAUGCUGGCCACACUCAACCGCCUGGGCGCCACGCCUCAGGCUGCCUGA